AAAAUGUGCUUCCUUUUGGCUCAUUGGAUAUCAACACUAUCACGUGUACGGAAAUGCACCGGAGAAAAACGGGACACUGGGGACAAACGUGGUAUUCACUUGCACAAUGGCUGCUUCAAGGAAAGUGGGAUCGUUGCGCCUGCCUCCGCUGCCCACUGUAGGUGAGCUGAUAAAGCUGUACAACCUGCGAGCAGAGAAGCAGCUUUCCCAGAACUUUCUGCUGGACUUAAAGCUCACAGACAAGAUAGUUCGCCAGGCCGGCAGUUUGAGGGGUGCUCACGUCUGCGAGGUGGGACCAGGUCCUGGUGGUCUCACCCGCUCCAUUCUUAAUGCAGAAGCGGCAGAUGUGCUAGUUGUGGAGAAAGAUUCACGCUUCAUCCCUGGACUGAAGCUGCUGUCUGAAGCAUCACCAGGCCGGCUGAGGAUUGUUCACGGAGACAUUCUCACCUACAGGAUGGAUCGAGGAUUCCCAGCAGCUAUCUCAAAGCCUUGGGAGGAAGACCCACCAAACCUUCACAUCAUUGGGAACCUACCAUUCAGUGUCUCGACCCCACUCAUAAUCAAGUGGCUGGAAAAUAUAGCGGACAGGACGGGGCCGUUCACCUUCGGACGCACCCGACUCACCCUCACGUUCCAAAAGGAGGUGGCAGAGAGGUUGACAGCCAGCACCGGCAGCAAUCAGAGAAGUCGUCUGUCCAUCAUGGCUCAGUAUCUUUGCACCGUCAAGAAGUGCUUCGUCAUCCCUGGGCGAGCGUUUGUUCCCAAGCCAGAGGUGGACGUGGGAGUAGUUCACUUCACCCCCCUGGUCAAGCCUCAGAUUCAACAGUCCUUCAAACUGGUGGAAAAAGUAGUCAGGAACGUUUUCCAGUUCCGUCGGAAGCACUGCCAUAAAGGAAUCGGAAUGCUGUUUCCGGAGGCGUGCCGCUUGGAGCUGACGCAGGAGAUGAUGCAGAGGGCAGACGUGGACCCCGUUCUGCGCCCCACCGAGCUCACCAUACCCCACAUAAGGGCCUUAUCGGACGCCUACGCUCACCUCUGCACCAACGACCCCAGCCUGUUUAGCUACGACUUCAGAGAAGAACUCAGACUGAAGCACCUGGGGAGGAAUCACCACACUUCAGUGGACGCGUUUAAGGAGAUGCAGAGUGCUCCACAACCGUGCUGAAAACAAGCAUGAAAACCAAAAGGAGCCCACUAAUAGCCUCUGUUAGUACAGAAAGACAACACAUUGCUCUUAGCUUUGACAUUUCCACCUGGCACAGACAUGCAUUUUUAAACAUUCUCUUUGCACCCUGGGAGAAAUAAGUCACUCGAAACACAUGAAUGGUGUACGAGCGGUGCUUGCCUUCCAUGCGUUUUUAGAAAGGGAAAGAAAGCAGCUAGUUGCCCAUAGCAGCUUCUGGCGAGUAAGUAUCUCUUUAUGUCCCAUUUCUUUUUUCAUUUCUAUCUAACACCUUGUCCUGUGGGAGCUGAAAGAAAUGUCAGUGCUUUCAGAGUGAUUUAGGGAACGGGAACAUGGCAGCUCCACAUCCAGGACAAUUUUUUUUCAUUCAAGUGUGUAUUGCUCCGUCACUUGGGAGACGGAGCUUAAAGGGCUGCUGAAAUUGCUGCGAAUUUGUCAGCUCAAAUAAGAAACCAGACAAAAUAAGGAUCAGAACUCAUAGUAAAAUAAUUUUUAUCAAUUUUUUUUCUUUUUUUACAUUCUCUCAUUAAAUAUUUUAUUGACUAUGUAAGCCGUUGUUUGUACGUAUGUCAAAGCUACUAGUAAAUGAGCCAAUGAAAUAUUACCAGUUUUGUUUUAUCAAAUUAAAAUGCUUUGUAAGCAAAAUUAAUGUUGUGAAUAAACUUGAAGCAGUAGUUAUUAUUCAAAUGUUACAUGAAAGUAUUUUAAAUACUCCUUUUUGAAUAUUAGAGCAGGUUUUUACCAGCAGAACAUGGCGCUGCUGCUCCCUGCCAGUGCGACAGAUGGUAUGCUUGGGUUGACUUGCCAGAAAGCGACUUCGUUCCGUUUUGAUGAGAGAUGGGUGAUAAUCUCUUGCAGCAAUGGAAAAUUCACAUGGAUAGAGAUACUGCAUUCUACAGUUCACUCUUUGGCUUUAAAAGAAAUCCUGAGUGGUGCAGUGCUAUGCUGAGCUUUUAUUUUGGUAAGUGAGGGAACGUGGCUGAUUUUAAUGGUGAGAAAUUAUGUCAUGCAGAGGAGCAGCAGGGUAGUGAUGUGCUAAUGAGGUAUGGCUGUGCAGUGGUGCAGACACCUCUUUGGACUCUGCAGUAUUUUUAUGAGCUAUUAUAAGGUCUUUGAAUGUCAAAUUUCAUGCAUUGUGUAUCAACAACGUAAUCAUAGGGGAGUUCUGUCUCAUCAGCAUUUCUAUUAUUAACUCGAUAAUAUUAAACCGACAUUUAAGAUUUGUUUGAACUGCAUGUAAAGCAGGUUUUGUUUAUAACUAGAUCAUUUAGCAUCAGACUGUGCCUUGCUUUUUCUAAAUGCAAGCACAUGAUUGUAUUCAUUUUAAAAGGAUUUUGUGUGAUGGUGCAAAACAUUGAAGAGCAAAGAAAAUACUGGGUUUCACAAGUAGCUGCUAUUAAGAAUCUGACUUGUGCCUUUGGAUUCUUUGCCCUGAGUCCAUCUUUUUGGGUUAUGUCUUUACCAUCCAAAGUCCUUCAUUUUUGGCCAGUCUUACAGAUGAGCAUGUUUCUAUCAGAGCCAUUAUUUUGUAGCUGGCAGUUUUGGUGUUGCCAUCCUGCUGGAAGGUGAGCCUCCGCCCUCGUCUCAAGUCUUUUGUAGCCACUAACCUGUUAUCUUCCAGUCUUGCCCUGUAUUUAGAUUCAUCCACCUCACCAUCAACACAGACCAGCUUCCCAGUCCCUCCUGAAGAAAAGUAUCCCCACAACAUGAUUCAAGGUCGUGUUAGUUUUCUACCAUGUGAUUUUUAAGCUUGUAACCCAAUGAAUUUAUUCUCAUUUGGCCAGCAGACCUUCUUGACCAUGUUGUGGGUCUCUGCAGUUCCUCUAGUUACCUUUUGGUUGCUUCCCUAAUAUAUGCUGUCCUAACUGGACCUAUAAGUUUAAUUGGAUGACCAUAUCUCAGUAGGCUUUCAGUUUCUUACUUAUUUUCUUCACAGUGAUGUGUGCUAUGUAAUGCUAGUCAAUGACAUAAAAUCCCAAUAGAAUACACAGUUGCUAUGAAAGUUAAUGGAGUAAGUAUACCUUUUUAUGGAAGUAUCUGCUUUGAUUUGUGUGUCACAGUUCUGUACUAGUAGUGUAUCUGGUAUUUUUUUUCAGAUCUGGUGUCUCUGUGCCUUUUCCUAGAAUUUACCAUGUUUUUUUGUGGAUGAUGGCCACUUUACGCCACAGGAACCUUUGCAGAUUAUUUUAUUUAUUUUUUGCUUGAGCAACACUCCUCAUUGUUAAUGAGAUGGUGAGGAAGUGCCACAAAAUAGGCUUCACACUACCAACAAGCUGCUGUCACACUGGAGAAAACAAGAUUCCUUUAGAGUUCAACAUCAAUAAAAAUUAUGGAAAAACCCUCAAACGCCCGUUUGAUUCAGUUGUGUUGGUGAAGGGAUGCACCUGAGGGUUAUAGGAUAGAAGCUUUGGAGAAUUAGACCUGGGUAUUUAGUGUUACUGUUAUGAACUAAGCACAAUCCUUGUUGAAAUGCUUAAGAAGUAGCAAAAACAAUAGGUUGACUACUGGGAAUAAAUAGCUUGUUGGCAUAUAAAACCAUGCAUAGGAAUAAAGCUUCUCCCAAUCUUA